ACAAGAUGAAAGUCUACAUCUGCCUGAUCUUGAUGUUCUUGGGUAUCGCUGCAGGCUUCCGAUGUACACUGGUACCUGGGAAACUGAGGCAGUUGGAUGCUGGAGCCGGACAGGUUUAUGGGGUCACCGAUGACGAUAGCAUAUUCCGUUUCAGUGGGAAUGACUGGGUACAGGUUCCAGGAAAACUGAUGCAUGUGAGUGUUGGUCCAGCCGGUGUUUGGGGCGUAGACAGACAGCUCAGAAUCUUUAAGUUUCAGAAUGGCGACUGGGUGCAAACAACAGGACUCCUUAAACAGAUGGAUGCAGGGGGUUACAAAUACCUGGGAGGUGUGAACAUCGAUGAAAGAGUUUUUUGCCUGAACCAGGAUUCCACUAUCUCCACGGGGACGGCUGUCACCUUCGUUCAGUUAGAUGGAAGCGUGAAGUAUUACAGCUGUGGUCGCUAUGGUUGCUGGGGUGUGACCAGUGCAAAUACUAUAUUUUACCGUCUGAAUGUGAGUCCAAAUGAUUGCAAAGGCAGUGCAUGGAAACAGGUGGCAGGACAAAUGGUUAUGGUGGAAGUUGGCACAGAUGGAUCAGUGUACGGAAUCAACAUCAUUGGCAACGUAUACAAAAGAGAAGGAAUCUCUAGUUUCAACCCAAUUGGGACUGAGUGGUCUCUGGUGGAUAAAUAUGGUCCUUUUAAGCACCUCUCAUAUGAUGAAGGAUUGCUAUGGCUGAUUAACACACAAGGAGAUAUAUUCAAAUGUAAAGUCGAGGAUUCAUCCUGCUAAAUUUGCGUGAUCAUCGAUUGACAAACCAGCUUUAAACUACAAUGAUCUUAGGGGAAGAAAAUUCUG